AUGCUGGUGCUCGACUGCUCCACGAAGCUGCAGAUGCUGGAGAAAAUGCUAAGGUGGAGUUUCCCCGAGUCCCUCAAGGUUUAUGGAGCUGUGAUGAACAUCAACCGAGGGAACCCCUUCAGAAAGGAGGUGGUGGUGGACUCGUGGCCAGACUUCAAGGCUGUUAUCACCCGGCCUCAGAGACAGAAUGAGAUGGAUGACCUUGAUCACUAUAUUAAUGCUCAUGCAGUUUUCUACAAGGAGUUACAAGCUUACCAGGAGCUGCUGGAAAACACAAAUGCCAUCAACUGGGGACAGAUUUUUCAGAUACAAGGGCUCCAGGAUGGAAUAUGUGAAAUAUCCAGAACAGUGGCUUUAUCUAAGCAGGUGGAUGUGAAAACAUCCUCUUUCCAGAUGGUUAUCCAUUCAGACCCAGACCUGCUGCCGGAUGUCAGGCUUAAGAUGGACCCUAAAUUAACACUGACUUGCCUGGACAUCUCCCAUGCCAGCCUGCUCAGCAAAACCUGGUCACGGGGGGGCAACCCAAGGAGCCAGAAGUACCUUGCUAAUCUAAUUUGCUGCUUCCCCAGUGUCUGUGUCUUGGAUGACAAUGGGUAUCCCCUUUCUUGGAGCUUAACAGACCAGUUUGCCACCAUGAUUCAUAGUUAUACUCUUCCAGAGCAUCGGAGGAAGGGUUAUAGCAGGCUUGUGGCUACCACUUUAGCUAAGAAAUUACAUAGCUGUGGCUUUCCAGCACAGGGUAAUGUCCUGAAGACAAACAUACCAUCAGUAACCUUGCUGAAAAACAUGAAUGCCCAGUUUCUUCCAUGCUCAUUUUUCAGAGUGAUUCACACACCUUUUCAUUUUUUAGCCAAAUCUCACUUAUAG